AUGCUAUCAAGAUCCCCAGCAUCAAGGGCGAGCCGGUCUUGCUCCCACGGCCUUCUGCGCACCAUUGCAUCGAAGUCGUCGCAAAUCAGUUCGCAACAGCUCCGCGGCGGAGCUACCAGUUUCAUAGCGCAGCGGUACAGAUGUACAAACGCGCGAUACGAGUUUCCCCUUAAUUCACCGGUCGGAUUUCCUCGAAAGACUGCUACUGGAUACAUAAUCGGCGGUCUGAAAAAUGGACGGCGAUAUGCGUCUACGGUGCCCCCGGCAGAUGGCAAUGUCAAUGCGGAUCGGAAGGACGCCAUCUACGAUGUGAUUGAUAAAAUUGAACAAAAUGAGAUGGAAAUGGCUGAGCUUAUGGAUGAGCUGAGCCUGUUGGACGAUUACUGGGAAGCUCUCAACCUUGAUGGUCCAGAGCUUGAUCAUGCAUUCAGCGAGACGAUCGGCCAUCGGGACCAGGAGACUUUAGAAGCGCGCGUUCAGGAGGCGAGACAGGUGUUCGGGGACACUCUGCCCGAUGGAUUGCUGAAUGACACUGAGUUGCGGUUAUACACUCAGUUGUAUGGCGAGCCGAUCAUUCGCCAGGAGGAGUUAGAGCUUGAAGCAACGGAAGAUGAGAAGGAUGCAGAUGUUCUAUACCGUGAAGAUGGUCAGGGAGGAUGGGAAGCUGUCGAUUUCGAGCAGGCUGAGUCAGAGGAUGAACCACCUGUGGUCUAUGAUAUGGAGGCUGGCCCGGUCGAGGAUGAAUCUAUCGCCAUGCAACGGACAAGGGAAGUGGCGGAACAGCUCGGUGGAGAAAUCAUGCUGGAGCAGUUUGAAGAAGAAGCAAACCCCGACGACACACCUCGACUGCAUCCUUUGACUGUGGAAGGGAAGUUCUCUACCGAUCCCAGUACUGUUUUCUUGCCCAAGGAUACAGUAACUGGACCUAUUUCCAUCAUCUUGUCCGACUACUCCAAUAAGCAUAUUGCGGAUGUUGCCCAUCGUACCUUUGGCGGUACGCGCCUUCCUUAUUCUACUACCACUCCUCCACCGCGCGCACAGAUGCCCCAGCUCCCUAUUCCGCUAGACGCUUCCCAGCGACACAUGACAGAAAUGGAGGCGAAUGCAUACAUUGCGGCUCUGUUCCCUGGAAUGUAUACAUCUAUACUGAGCACCUUGGUCGAGGUCCGAAAGCGCUUGGGCACGGAGUGGCUACGUGGGCUCAUCUCGAAAGAAGAUGGGCCGCAUAUCCUUGAUGCCAGUGCUGGUGGUGCCGGUGUCCUUGCUUGGCGAGAUGUCAUUCGUGCAGAAUGGGAGUCUAUGGUCCCAGACCAUCCCAGGGCAAGUCCUUAUCCUUUAGGUAGAUCGACUGUCGUCACUGGUUCGGAUGCCCUUCGAAUGCGUGCUAGUUUAUUGUUGGAGAACACUUCGUUUCUACCACGCUUGCCUGACUAUGUUCACAUCCGCGAAAAACCUACUCUAGAUGAUGAGAGAGCUCCUCCAAAGCGAAAGCAGUACGAUAUUAUCGUGGCUCCCCAUAGUUUGCUCGGCAUAGAGGAGGAGUUCUUACGCAAAGAGCACGUGGAGAACCUGUGGAAUCUUCUCAACCCUGAUGGCGGUGUUCUAAUCCUUCUCGAGAAGGGACACCAGAAAGGAUUCGAAGCAAUUGCCGGGGCCCGUGAGAUGAUCCUUAAGCGUUUCGUAUCAAGCCCUGGCUCUACAACAUAUACCAACUUCACCGAGUCACCAAUUGAGGAUUCACAUAUUGAGAAGGAACCCGGAAUGAUUGUUGCGCCCUGCACUAACCAUGAGAAAUGCCCCAUGUUCAACACUCCAGGCCAUUCCAAGGGACGCAAAGAUUAUUGUCAUUUCCAGCAGAGAUAUAUCAGACCGUCAUUCCUCCAACGUAUCUUGGGAGCCAAGGAUCGGAACCACGAAGAUGUGAAGUUCAGUUAUAUCGCUGUACAACGUGGCGUCGACUUGCGUGAGACGCAGGGUAUUGUACAAGGCUCGGAAGCUACCGAAGCGGCCUUUGCUGGCUACGAAGAUUUACACGACCCAGCUGUAGAAGAGAUGGAAGCACCAGACGAAGCUACUAGUUCCCAGACCGAGGCAAGCGAACAAGCGAAGCCCGAGAACUUCCACACGUUGUCUCUUCCUCGUAUUGUGUAUCCUCCAAUGAAACGCCGCGGACAUGUCAUCUUCGAUUUUUGUACGCCUGCUGGAAAGAUUGAGCGCUGGACGGUGCCCCGCUCCUAUAGCCGCCGGGCAUACAAAGAUGCUCGCAAGUCAAAUUGGGGAGAUCUGUGGGCUCUUGGUGCGAAGACCCGCAUCCCAAGAAGCUUGAGACUCGGUGAUAAGCACGGCGAAGGCAAGAAAGAACGUUUGGCUAGGCGGGCAGCCCUUAGGGCCGAUUUAGCCGAGGAAGGUGAACUUGAGCAGCAGUCCGAGGGUUCUGACUGGCCUGAGGUGCUUAUACAGCAGAGAAAGAAGGGCCAAACGAUCCCAAGCUGGAAGAAGCAUGCGGACAAGAAGAAGGUGAGGCAGGCUUCGAAGAAGCAUGCCGCUGCGAAAGUAGCGCAGGAUGACUUCUUAGUUUGA